AUGGGCGGCGAUCGAAACUGCGGGCUCAUAGCCGGUGCUGUCAUUGGUGCACUCAUGGCUGUAUUUGGAGGUAUUCUAAUGCCAGUUGGAGACAUGCUUAUUGAGAACACAGUUAAAAAGGAAGCUGUCCUUGAAGAAGGUACAAUUGCUUUUAAAAGUUGGGUUAAAACAGGCGCAGAGGUUUACAGACAGGUUUGGAUCUUUGAUGUGCAGAAUCCAGAGGAGGUGGCAGUUAACAGCAGCAAAAUUAAAGUUAAGCAAAGAGGUCCUUACACGUACAGAGUUCGUUAUCUAGCCAAGGAAAAUAUAACCCAGGACUCUGAGACCCACACAGUCUCUUUUCUACAGCCCAAUGGUGCCAUCUUUGAACCCUCACUAUCAGUUGGAACCGAGAGUGACACUUUCACUGUUCUCAAUCUGGCUGUAGCAGCUAUGCCCCAUCUCUAUCCAAGCGCAUUUGUUCAAACAAUAGUCAAUAUCUUUAUCAAAAAAUCAAACUCUUCUAUGUUUCAAAAGAGAACUUUGAAAGAACUAUUAUGGGGUUAUAAGGAUCCAUUCUUGAGCUUGAUUCCAUACCCUAUUCCUACUACAGUUGGUGUGUUUUACCCUUACCACAAUACUGCAGAUGGAGUUUAUAAAGUUUUCAAUGGAAAAGAUGACAUAAGCAAAGUUGCCAUAAUUGACACAUAUAAAGGCAAAAAGCAUCUCUCCUAUUGGCCAAGUUAUUGUGACAUGAUUAAUGGUACAGAUGCAGCCUCAUUUCCACCUUUCAUUGAGAAGACCCGGGUAUUGCAAUUCUUUUCCUCUGACGUUUGCAGAUCAUUCCAUGCUGUGUUUGGAGCCGAAAUUAAUCUGAAAGGAAUCCCUGUGUAUAGAUUUAUCCUUCCAUCCUUGGCUUUUGCAUCUCCACUUCAAAAUCCAGACAACCACUGUUUCUGCACAGAAAAAAUUAUCUCCAAAAAUUGUACCUUAUAUGGUGUGCUAGAUAUUGGCAAAUGCAAAGACGGAAAACCUGUGUACAUUUCACUUCCUCAUUUUCUACAUGCAAGUCCUGAAAUUACAGAACCUGUUGAAGGCUUAAGUCCAAAUGAAGAGGAACAUAGCACGUACUUAGAUGUUGAACCUAUAACUGGAUUCACUUUACAGUUUGCAAAACGCCUGCAGAUCAAUAUACUGGUUAAGCCAGGAAAAAAAAUUGGAGCAUUAAAGGGUCUGAAGCAGAAUUAUAUGGUGCCUAUUCUUUGGCUUAAUGAGACUGGCACCAUCGGUGAUGAAAAGGCAGAAAUGUUCAGAAAUCAAGUGACUGGAAAAAUAAACCUCCUUGGCCUGGUAGAAAUUACCUUACUCUGUGUUGGUGUGGUGAUGUUUAUUGUUUUUAUGAUUUCAUACUGUGCAUGCAGAUCAAAGAGAGUAAAUUAA